AUGAUCGUUUUAAACAUUGAUAGGAUUAAAAUAUUAAUUUUUUUAAUCCUGCGUAUCGUUGUUUUAUUAUAAUUAUAUAAAACGCAUACCAACCGUUUAGAUAAAUCAAACGUUUGUCUAUAAUCGGUUAUAUAGUUUUUAAUUACAUUUUUAAAUAAAUAUAAUAUUAUUUGAAAAUUAUAUUAAAAGUAAUCUCGAUUGAUAAUAUUGACAUGUCAUUCAAUAUUACAUUGCUUUUAGUUUUUUUUCCCUAUUUUUCAAUACUUAUUUGGCUCCCCUGAUUGUAACCUUUUUGGAUAUCAAUGGAUACUCUCUUCGUACAUAUUUGACAUGAAUAUUAGUCUAAGAAAAUUUUAGUUGAAAUAUAACAUAUAGGCAAUACUAAGUCAUUUUUGAAUAAUAUAUAUUAUACAAAGAAAUUUUAAUAUAAUAAAAAUAUUAAACUUGAAAUAAGACUAUUUAAUUUAGUAUAUAUGUAUAGUGAUACAUGAAAAUACCACAUUUUUUACGCAGUGUCCUAAUAGGCAUCCCUGUUGGGAUUACCUUCUUGGACACAGUAGGAUAUGUGGCAAAAGUGGAAGGAAUAUCUAUGCAACCAGCCUUAAAUCCAGAUUUAAAUAAUCCAGAUUAUGUUUUCCUAAAUCGUUGGGCUGUACGUGGUCAUGAUAUUCAACGAGGUGAAAUAGUAUCUGUGAUAUCUCCUAAAGCACCAAGUCAAACAUUAAUUAAACGAGUUGUAGGAGUUGCAGGUGAUAUUUUACAUACACGUGGAUAUAAAGUUGAUUAUCUUCAGGUUCCAGAUGGACAUUGUUGGUUGGAAGGUGAUCACACAGGUCGCUCAAUGGAUUCAAACACUUUUGGACCAGUUUCCCUUGGUUUAAUUACAGCAAAGGCUACUUGCAUAGUUUGGCCACCUAAUCGUUGGCAAUAUUUAGAAGUUUUUAUACCAAAUCAAUGUACAAUAUUGAAUUCUAGAAGAAGUUAAUAAAAGUGUAAUAUAAAUA